UCACACUUUUAGGCGCGAAUUCUGCCGCAUAAAAUAUUUUUACGCACUUCAAGAAGUCAAUAACAGAGGCCAAUUAAGUAAACAAGAUGAAGUGCAAGAUACCCGAGAUCUCGUGGCACAACCGCGAUCCCGUCCUGAGUGUGGACAUACAGCAGAAUGGACAGGGACUACGUGCGCCGACGAUCUGUCGACUGGCCUCGGGCGGCACAGAUGCCCAUGUCCUCAUUUGGUAUGUGAAUCGCAGCGACGACGCCGAGGGCGUGGAUGUGGACCUGGCCGCCGAUCUGUCGCGCCAUCAGCGAGCCGUCAACACGGUCCGCUGGUCGCCGAACGGCGAGCUCUUGGCCUCCGGCGACGAUGAGAGUGUGGUCUUCAUCUGGAAACAGAAGGCUGACCACGAAAUCAUCAACAUUGUGGACGCCGAUGGUGGCAGCGAACAGGACAAGGAGGUCUGGAUAACGCUGAAGGUGCUGCGCGGCCAUCGCGAGGAUAUCUACGACCUUAGCUGGGCGCCGAACUCACUGUUCCUGGUCACCGGAUCGGUGGACAACACCGCCAUGCUGUGGGACGUCCACAAGGGCAAGUCACUGGCCAUUCUCGACGAUCACAAGGGCUACGUGCAGGGCGUGGCCUGGGAUCCCUGUAAUCAGUACAUUGCCACCCUGAGCACCGACAGGCAAAUGCGCAUAUUUGACGCCAAUACCAAGCGAGUGCUCCACCGGGUCAGCAAGUGCGCAUUCCCAGUGAAGGAGGACCAUGAGAUGCACGGCAAGGCCGUACGGCUGUACCACGAUGGCACCCUGCCAACCUUCUUCCGCCGCCUUUGUUUCACUCCCGAUGGCAAAAUGCUCCUUACUCCCUCCGGAAUCACCGACUACGAUGGCGUGGUGAAGCCCAUUAACACCACCUAUGGAUUCAGUCGCUAUGAUCUGUCGAAACCCGCCUUUGUUUUGCCCUUCCCCAACGAAUACGCCGUGGCUGUCCGCUGCUCACCGGUGCUGUACCGUCUGAGACCGUACAAUGCUGAGAAGAAUCCGCCGAUUAUCUCCCUGCCGUACCGCAUGAUCUACGCCGUGGCCACAAAGAACGCUGUGUUCUUUUACGAUACCCAGCAAUCGCCGCCUUUCGCCAUUAUCUCCAAAAUCCACUACUCCAGGCUCACUGAUCUGGCCUGGUCAAGUGACGGAACUGUCCUGAUCGUGUCCAGCACCGAUGGCUUCUGUUCGCUGGUCACCUUCGAGCCGAAUGAGCUGGGCGAGCGCUACGAGGAAAUGGAUGCAGUGCUGAGCGCUGCCCUGAAAUCUUCAGAGAAUGUGCCGCUGCCGAAGAAAAAGAAGCACAAGCUGCGCAAAACAUCGUCGGACGAGGUGGUAGUCCAAAGGAAACCACUGCAGGAGAAGACCAAACCGAACACGGAUAGGAAGGCUGCAGGAUCAGGGAUCAAAGAGGAGGGCGAAACCGAUUUGGAUGCUGAAAACGAUUCAUCCAUGCACAGUGCCAGUUCGUCUAACUCCAACAGUCCCAAAGCGAAGGCUAAGGUCGACGUAAAGCCCACACCCAUUGCCAUCCGGCGUUCGCCCCGGAAAGUUACGACUACGCCCACGCCGAUUGCUAUACGCAGAGCUCCGCGUAAGCCGGAAGAUGCAGAGGGAACCGUACAAUCCAAGCCUAAAGGAGACAAUGAAGGCACAUCCAAAGUAGAGAAGAAAGAGGACACGGCAUCACCUGUAAAGCGAAAGAUCAGCUCAGAGGCAGUGCCUCCAGCAGAGACGACACAGCCGGCCCUUGCAGUGAUUCCGGUUAUCGACAAGGAGAUCAUCAGUUCUGAUGAGAAGUUCGAGUCGCCCGAGAAGAAGUCCCGCCCUGCCACGCCCAUUCAAGUGCGCCGCCAGCCCCGGACUCCCGGGAGCUCCAGCAACUUCAGUCUUACACCGAAGAGCCAACCCGCCAAGCAAGCCACGCCCAUCGCCGUGAGGCGAACUCCCCGCGUCCUCGUCGAAAUGCCCGUCAACUCGCCGGUGGUGCCAAUGGAGGAGGCCAUGGAUGCCUGGCCUCUGGACGAGGGCAUCGCACCCCUGCCAGCGACAAAGAAGGUUUCGCAAGAUCCUCCACCGGAGGCCAAGAAUGCGGAAAAGAAGCCUGCAGUUAUCGCAGCCAGCGAGGUCACCUGCGAACGAACGGAGGACAUUCGACUGGUCUACGAGGAUACGCAGGAGGAAACCCCGCAGAAGGCGCCGGAAUCGACACCGUCCACGCCCACUAACAAAACGCCACGACGAGUGUCCUUGCGAACCAUAUCCACGCCCAAAUCAAAAAAGAAACUUUUAGAGUAGACAAUGCAAUAGUUUAGCCGUAACAGAUUUAUAUUAGAGGAAUUCCAUAAAUUGCUUAUUGUGGGGUUACCCCAUAAAAAUUGUUUUAAAAAUUUUGGAAUUCCUUUCAAACAAUUCCAAAUAAAACGCAAGACAAGGUAUAGAUACAUUGGU